UAUCAAAAAGAUUAUCAUAGAAAUGGCUAUCACAAAAAAAAUGCUUGUCGUAUUACUUCUCACCAUUCUUUUUGUUACAUCGUCAGUUCAUUGUUCUGAUAGCACUUUUGGUAUUGGAAUCAAGCAAGAUUGGAAAAAAUGCUUCGGUCCAGAACCGUGUAUGAAUGGAGAAGGAACCCAAGGAUGCAUGACGUGGUGUAGAAAAAACAUAAACGUUUUAUUAUAUGGUGAAUGUACUACUAAUCCUGCUCAAUGUUGUUGUGUGACAAAAUAAUCUAAUCAAAGAUU